AUGGACCCCUCCUGCCAGGACUACCCCGAGUACCCCGAGGACUGUCACCUGAAGGAGCAGCCGGGAGCUGCAGCCCCCCAAUGCACUGGAGGUGUCUUUGAGAGUCCUUCCAAUGAGGAAACCUCUGAGUACUUCUUCUUGAGCAGCCAGCCCUCACCACCUCUCCCUCUCAACUACUCCGGGAGCUUCUUCAUAGAGUCAGCCCCUGAACAUAGCCAUGACCCAGAAGCCUUCUUCAGCAUCAUGUCUGGCAUCCUUGGUCUGUCUCCUUUCGCUGCACCUCCUCGACUGAACUGUCAGGGGUCCCUCUACUCAGUCCAGGAGUCCCUCCAGAACCACAUGGACCUUUACUCAAACUGUCAGCCCAACCUGAACAUCUCAGUGCAGCAGGGCUUCUCUGGUCAGCUGUACUCUGCCUUCAGCAGCACCGAGGACAUUCACCAGGUGCCCAGCUCACCCAACCUGGGCACUUCCUCCUCCAACCAAUGCUUCUUUGACUCUAAAGUAAUCCCCAACAAGCAUGACAUGGACCUGUCCCCCAUCUCCCCCACAUUGGACUCUUUUGGUGCCCAGUGGGACUCACAGGCAUCUCAGAACUUUGGCCAGCCUUCCUACCCUACAGAUGGAUUUCUGCCCCCUGACAACCCCUCUCCUGUCUUUCAUCCCUUGGAAUCUAAAGUGGAGAACAUGAUGUCCUCCUGCUGCCAGUCACUAUCUGGAGAGGAAUCUAUUUUGUACAACAUGGACUUCAGCUCUCAGUCUGACAACUACCACUCAUCUCAGUCUGACACUUAUGACUUCACUGAGACCCAGAUUGACCUAAAGCCUCAGCUUUUGCCAGAUACCAAGUACCCACUAGGCCACCAAACCUCAGUGCCAGGGCUGAUGAACCAAGAGGAAGUUCUUCAGCACCAGUCCCCUCCAAUCAUCUCCACAGAUUUUCUGGGUCUCUCCCCAACAGCUGACAACAUCAUUCCAGCAAAUACCAGGAACCACCUGGCAGAACCCAGAAAGAAAUAUCGCAGGAACAAGUUUCCAGCAAAAUGUUUUCGUCCAAAACCCCAUGAGAAGGCCUUUGCUUGCCCUGUCGAGAGCUGCAUCAGGAGCUUUGCCAGGUCAGAUGAGCUCAACAGGCACCUGAGGAUCCACACUGGCCACAAACCCUUCCAGUGCAGGAUCUGUCUGAGGAACUUUAGCCGUAGCGACCACCUCACCACCCACAUCAGGACCCACACUGGGGAGAAGCCCUUCUCCUGCGACAUGUGUGGCAGGAGAUUUGCCAGGAGUGAUGAGAAGAAGAGACAUGGGAAGGUGCAUCUGAAGCAGAAGAUCAGGGCUGAGGAGAAACUCAAGGGACUUGGCUUUUACUCCAUGGGAUUGUCCUUCAGCACCAUGUGAGGAACCACAGAAUUGCCUGGGUUUACUUUUCUCCUCGGAGGUGCAAGUUAUCUCCUACAGGUUGUCAGCUCUAGCCCUCAACUACUUCUUGGGAGGAUCUAGUGUGGCUUGUGGCUCAGCUGUUCCCUGCAUGGCCUCCUCUGUUACCUAUGUGAUGUAUACUCUAUCUACCAGCAGGAUCUGACUACAUGGAGCUAUGGGAUGAGGAGGAGUUCAGCACCUCUCUCUGGACAGCUCCAACUGUGCUGCAGCUGAGACGAUGGAGGUGGCUGGUAGACAUUGAGGUGAAGCUUUCUGCAGACUGUUCCAGGUGCAAUGCUCUGCAUGAGCCGGGACCUCACCUGUAUAUAAAUACUGUGUAGUAGACAUGGACUGUUUCUCCUGCUGUCAGGCACUUAGUGUGUGUGUGUG